AUGAGACAGAAACCAGGACACUGGAGAAAGUGUGUGGACUGUGGACUACCACCUAUUCAUAACGAUGGAAAUUUCCUGUGGAACUGGACCCUUGGUGCAUUUCUUCCUCUGCGCAUAUGCACGCUCCAACUACAAAGCUUGAAGAGGAACACCAAAAAGCCCCAACAAGAAAACACCCACGCAGAUGCCCUGGGUCGACAGGAAAAACUGUUCUUAAAUAGCUAUGGACCAGGCUAUCUUGUUUUCAACUUUUUAGAACCAUUAUUGGAAAUAAGAAGGGAUUCCAAUGAGCCUUUUUUCAUAUAUUCAACUCGCUUUGAUCAUCCGAACUCAUCAAAGAAUUUAGGGGAAAUGAUGAUUAAAGAAGAUGAAACAAUUCUAUCAACAGCCAAAGAACAACCAGGUCAAGUGAUGAACGGAGACCAGGACAACUACAGAAGCGAAGAUGACAGCCCCAAAGAGUGGUUGAACCUGAACAUAGGAGGCACUUCACUUUCAACUGCUGGAGACCCUGAUUCGCAAUCAAGACCAGCCACUGCAAAAGUUUUUUCAUGCAACUUCUGCAUGAGGAAGUUCUUCAGUUCACAGGCAUUAGGAGGUCAUCAAAACGCCCACAAGAGGGAAAGGGGAGCUGCCAGAAGAUACCAAUCUCAGAGGUCGAUGGCAAUAUUGGGCUUCUCCAUGAACACACCUACUAUGCUUCGAUCACUUGGUGUCCAGCCUCAUUCACUCGUUCACAAGCCAUGCAGAGGAGGUACUGUGGUGGCACCCAGCUUUCAUGAUGCACAUGCAAGGCUUGGGAUGGCUUGGACGGCUUUCUCGUCAGAGGAUCAAACUGAUCUGGUGUGGCCAGGUAGCUUUCGCUUGGUUCCACAACAGCCCCAGCCACCACAGGAGCCACUCAAGCUUGAUUUAGACCUCAGACUCUGA